AUGGGGACUGCGAUCUCAAAACACACUUUUAGUCUGAUCUUUGUUGAUCAAGAAGACAUAGCGACAGCGAUCUCAAAACACACUUUUAGUCUGAUCGAUUACAAGGUUCUUGUGUUCUGUCUUACUCCAUCUACUACAAAACUUGGCCUUGGAGGGAUCAUAGGAAAGUCUUUAACCUUACCCAAACUAAGAAUGGAGGGGGUGAAUUCAGAGAAGAGAAAUGGAAAAGUAAGGUGCUCUUUUGGGUAUGAUCCGUUAGGCGAACAGUUCAAGGUAUUGCGUAUAACUUGGUUACGUAAAGGCACACAAGAGUGGUUAGGUGAGUAUCACGUUCUGACAUUAGGGACUGGAAACCUUUCAUGGCGGAAGAUCCAAUGUCGCAUACUUCAUUAUCCUCUAGAAGAUAAUGGUAUAUGCAUCAAUGGUGUUUUGUAUUACCCCGCAAGGCUCAGUACCGGAAAGCAUACCAUGGUUUGCUUUGAUGUUAGGUCUGAAAAAUUCUUUAUCGCUAACAUUGAUUAGGACAUGGCAACAAAUAUCCCGGAACCUUUAAAUUUUCGUUUCAUAGACUAUAAAGGUAAAUUAGGUGCUUGUAACUGUGAUAUAUACCAUAAUAUUUUCGACUUGUGGGUUUUAGAGGAUCCAAAGGAACAUAAAUGAUCAACGCAUAUCUACGAAAUGCCUCAUCCAUGGCCGGAUGAAAUGAGCUAUGUACUAUCUGCUGGGAUGAUUGCUAGUGGCGAAUUUGAGUUGUACCCAUGGAACACGAGAGUACGAGACCCUUUCUUCAUCUCAAAGCUCGAGAGGAACAUUAUCAGAAGAGUACAACUUGAGGUUCAAGUAUUCGAAAAGUUUCCUUAUUGCAGAGUUUACACAUUUUCAAACUAUGUAGAGACUGCGACACAUAUUUAAUAGUGUUUACUUCUCCCAAACAUAA